GAUGGAGGGAGUGUUAGGUAGGAGUACAAAAAAGUAGAUAAGACAUACAAAGAUGGUAACGUGAGCCAAAAAAAAUGGAACUUGCUUGGUUUUGGCUGACAAUUAUGGCCAUUUUAGCUGGUUCUUUAAUUUCGUUGGCGGCGAGGAGGAAGAAGAAGACUAAGAGUCUGCCUCCAGGUCCAAGAGGGAUCCCUAUUCUGGGACAUCUACACAUGAUGGGGAAGCAUCCCCACCAAGACUUCCAAAGGAUUGCCAAAGACCACGGCUCGAUUAUGUACAUGCGAUUCGGGUUCGCUCCAAUCAUCGUCGUUUCAUCUCCUGAAGCAGCUGAGCUUUUCCUCAAGACGCAUGACCUUGUUUUCGCCAGCAGACCACCUCAUCAGGCUGGUAAGUAUCUGGCAUGGGAUCAGAGGAAUCUUGCAUUUGGGGCUUACAGCCCGUAUUGGCGGAACAUGCGCAAGCUAUGCACCUUGGAGCUGCUCAGCACCCUUAAGAUCAUUUCUUUCCGGCCUAUGAGAAGGGAAGAGCUUGCUCUUUUUGUUGAAUUCCUCAAGGAAGCAUCCCGACAACACGUUGCUGUUGAUCUUAGUGCCAAGAUCUCGUCCCUGACCGCAGAGAUGAGCUGCAGACUGGUGUUUGGCAAGAAAUAUGCUGACAAGGACAUAGAUGAGAGAGGCUUCAAAACUGUGAUCCAAGAAUGGAAUAAACUAGUAGUAGUUCCCAAUUUGGGUGAUUACUUUCCGUUCCUUGGAGUCUUGGAUCUUCAAGGGCUGACAAGGAAGAUGAAGGCAAUAGCAAAAGUUUUUGAUGUUUUCUUCGAGAAAGUUAUAGAAGACCAUGUUCGAGCGGUAAAUCGUGCAGAGGAGGCCAAAGACAUUGUUGAUACCAUGAUGUCCAUAAUGCAAAGUGGAGAAUCUGAAUUUCAGUUUGAUAGACGUAAUAUCAAGGCCAUUAUGCUGGACUUGCUCCUAGCCUCAAUGGAUACAGCAGCAGCUUCAAUUGAUUGGAUACUCUCCGAACUGUUGAGAAAUCCAUCAGUUAUGAAGAAAGUACAGAAAGAGUUGGAACAAGUGGUGGGAUUGAAGAGGAUGGUUGAGGAGUCUGAUCUCGACCAGCUCGAAUAUCUCGACAUGGUUGUAAAGGAAAGCUUUAGGCUGCAUCCAGUUGGUCCACUGUUGAUUCCUCACUAUUCCAUGGAAGACAGCAAGGUUAACGGCUAUGACAUACCGAAAGGGUCAAGAAUAUUCAUCAACACAUAUGCAAUUGGGCGCGAUCCAAAUGUAUGGACUGAUCCAGAGAUGUUCAUUCCAGAGAGGUUCAUUGGGAGUGACAUUGAUCUCAGGGGACAACAUUUCCAGCUCCUCCCAUUUGGGUCUGGGAGGAGAGGUUGCCCCGGAAUGCAACUGGGGCUCAUCCAAGUUCGACUGAUUGUGUCACAGUUAGUCCACUGCUUCGAUUGGCAGCUCCCAAAUGAUAUGUCGCCAGAGGAGCUGGACAUGAAUGAGGAAGUUGGCAUUGUUGUUUCAAGGGCCAAUCAUCUCAUGGCAAUCCCGACGUUUCGGUUGCAGAACUAGCAUUUGAAGCAAACAUGUAAAAAUUUGCUUCCUGAAAGCAAUCUAUAUAGAAGCAAAGUAAGACAAGCUAAAUAAGUACUCAAAGCCAGGCUAUGAGAUAUCAAAAUUAUAUCAACUCAUGUUUGAUUAUUGCAUAGUUGUUCAGCUGAAAUAUGAAAUCAUUUGAACCA